AUGGCUUUCUCAGGCGCAUUAACCAUCACCGACCUGGAUGAUUUUCUGACCCCUUCGCAAGCAUGUAUCAUCCCCGUUAGAGGAAGUGUCCCGGGGAAGCAAGAUGAUGGAUCGACCGAGAUUCAAAUCGACGACUCGAAUACAUACUAUGAAGUAUCCACAUAUCCCACCUCCAGCGCUGGACCUUCUUCAGGUUCAGCCAAAGCUCUGGGCAAGAAGGCUCUGGAAAAGGCAGAAAUCAACUUGAAUGACUGUCUUGCUUGCAGUGGCUGCAUAACUUCCACUGAGUCUAUGCUCAUCACUCUACAAUCGCAUAACGAAGUGCUGUCCUUCAUCUCCGAAUCUGCCUCUUCCACCACCGCUGUCAAAACACCAGUCUUGUCGAUAUCUCCUCAGACCCUCGCUUCCCUGUCGACGUCAUACGCCUCGUCAUCAUCCACUCCACCUAUUCCCCUUCUGAUACUCUUGCGCCGUAUCCGCUACUUCAUGGCCACCAGUCAGAAUGGAAAGUGGAGAACGUGGGAUACAACGUUUGCCCGACACCUCUCGCUCCGAGAGACUGUGGCGGAGUUCCAAGAACGUCGUCAGUGGUCCGCCAAAGGGAAGGAGGUGGCAUGGGACAGCUCUAGUCCAGAACCUGGACCUCUGCCUGUACUCGCUAGUGCAUGUCCUGGUUGGGUCUGCUAUGCCGAGAAGGCGCAAGGGGAUAUGCUCCCUUUGCUGAGUCAGACGAGGAGCAGUCAAGCAGUCAUGGGAGGUUUGGUCAAAACUUGGUGGGCGAAGAUGAUGGAUCUGAGUCCGUCCGACAUUUAUCAUGUCACUGCUAUGCCGUGCUAUGACAAGAAACUCGAGGCAUCUCGAUCUGAUUUUUAUUCGGCAGCCUACUCCACGCGUGAUGUCGAUUGCGUACUCACGACUGGCGAACUAGAUUUGCUUCUUUCAGAGCUAGGAUUCAACCCUUUCACGCCGUCUCCUGAGGAGCACAUGACCGAACUCGAUGCGACAAGUCUCGCUGGCUCACCAUGGCCGGAACUGCUCAACCACCCCGGUUCAAGCUCUGGCAGCUACCUCGCAUCGAUCAUUGACCUCGUGGCGGCCUCCCAUCCUUCCCCAACUCGACUGGUCACUCGCGAGAUUCGUGAUUCCACGGAUAACGUUGAAUACCUCUUGGAAGAAGUAUCGUCGGGUGAGAUCAUAUUCAAGGGGAUCAAGUGUUAUGGUUUCCGAAAUCUUCAGAAUCUGGUCAGAAAAGUCGGAAAAGAAACUGGACUAGUGAAAAGCGUUCGAACAUCAAGCAAGCUUAGUGCGGCGUUGGCUGCUCGGCGUCGGAAAUCUCGCAUGGCUCGAGGUGGCGAAAUCACUUCCACGCCAACACCUAUCGAUAGCGAUGCCGAAUCAUUGACAGUACCCGCAGUCAAGGAUGAGAAAAAGGUCGAUUUCGUCGAAGUCAUGGCUUGUCCUUCUGGUUGUGUAAAUGGUGGAGGACAGAUGAAACCCGUGUCUAGCGUCGCGCGGAAGGUCUUAGACGAAGAAGGAUACGAGCGACCCCUACCGGACGACGGGACGGAUCUGGGGAUGACCGUCGAUUCUGGGAUUGAGAAACUCCCGGAGGACAGUCACGAGGGUACGAGAUGGAGCACGAAAGACUGGGUCGCCAAAGUUGAAGCAGUCUAUUGGAAUGGAUUGCCGACGCCUCCACCAUCUCCAAAGGCUGAUCCUGUGGAUUUGACAGUCCAGAGAGGGAAGACGGAAAGCGAGAAACACAAGUUGGCGGAUGAGCUAGCACAUCAGGUUAUCAAUGAUGUGACGGGCAAUGACGCUGCUGCAAGAUGGGAAUUUCUCCGCACCCGAUUCCGCAAGGUCGAGGGCGAUGUCCUGAGUAAUGGAGGAUUGACCCACGAGGCUGUUAAGUGGUGA